GCUACCUGUAACUUAGUCUAGUCGCCGACGCCUUUCUUUCUUUCUUUAUCUAUUUUAUUCCCUGGAGGCACUACUGCAGCGGUCAUCGUUUCCCUGCAAUGUCAUAUCACCUCUAUAAGUCGGUUACGCUUCUUUUCCAACGAGGGGCCCCUUUACGAAACAAACUUGCUGUCUGUCUGAGCAAGCUACGUCGAGCAGGCUGUAUAAGUGAGCGAUAAGAAAUGCGACGCGAGAGAGAAGAUGUAAACGCUUGACAGCUGGGCAACGUAAAGACAAUGUUUGCAUAGUGAAGUGUGGCAGGUCGACUACAGAAGACAACACUCCGCUAACCAGUCCUCUUCACUGGCCUCUGAGCGAGGUUCUCGCGGUAAAUUUCAAGCAAGGUUUGGUGAGGUGCCGGCCUUCUUGGUGCCAUGUCCAUCAUCCAAACAGCGCGGUUUCGCUGGAGAUUCUUCUCCAUAUUCGCAGCCCCCAUACUCUUCCUUCCAUUGGGAUUCGUCAUCGGAGGGAAGGCGGGCUGGUGUGCCUACGUAAUCCUGUGGAUGGCGUUCUAUUGGACGGCAGAAGUCAUCCCUCUCGCGAUCACGUCGCUCAUGCCCGUCGUACUCUUUCCUCUGCUCGGCAUUCUUUCAUCCCAGCGGGUAUCAUCGUUCUACCUAAACGAGAUUGGAAUCAUCUUGGUGUGCGCCAUGAUGCUGGGAGUUGCCGUGGAAACAAGCAACUUGCACAAAAGGAUCGCGCUCAAGUCUUUACUUGUCAUAGGGACAAGUAAUCGCAGGCUCUUGCUCGGAUUAAUGCUGGUGACGAUGUUCCUGUCCAUGUGGAUCCCCAACAUUGCCGCCGCAUCCAUCAUGAUUCCGAUCGCCAUGGCCGUUGUCGACCAGAUGAGGGACCGCUCGGCGACAAAGAGCCCCAUUGGCGUACGUGGUCAACAGAUAGGUUCCGAUGAAAAACGGCUAAUAGAAGAUCGCCAAAGUACUGUUUCAAUUAUGCAAGAAAAUGAAACACCAAGAACCGAAGACAAGCGCACCAGGCUGCUCCGAACUACGAUGGUGCUCGGCGUGUCCUACGCAACCAGUAUAGGGGGUACAGGCUCACUUUUGGGAACCGGACCAAACUUUCUCCUUAAGGGUAUCGUUGAUGACCUGUUUCCAGGUUCCACGGAAAUCACUUUCGUCACGUGGCUCCUGUACAACGCGCCCACCAUGCUCCUCUGCACUCUGCUGAGCUGGGCGUACAUGCAGUGGAACGCUAGUGAGGCCAUGAGAAGCGAAGCGGGCGAGUCUACAGAAGAAAAGGUCCGGGAAGAGAUUGCCUGGCGGUAUAAAGAGCUGGGAAAGAUCAGCUUUGCAGAGACCUGUGUCGGCACUUUGAUCGGUACACUGAUCAUCGCCUGGUUCGUAAUGAAGCCGCAAAUAUUUCCGGGAUGGAUUGACGCUCUUCCCCAUGGAGAGCUCGUGCAGCCCAGCGCCUUGAUCGCCUUGAUGGCGCUGCUGCUCUUCGUAAUACCGAAGAAUCCUGGAAACCCGUGGCAGUCACAGUCACUUCUCACGUGGGAGGAGGCGGUCAAGGGUGUCAAGUGGGGCGUCGUGAUCCUCGUGGGAGGAGGCAUGACUCUGUCGGAGGCCUGCAAGCAAUCUGGACUUUCUUCGAUACUGGUGGACAACGUGAAGGGCAUGGACGUACUGCCACCGGCUCUCACGGCUUUGCUGUUCUGCUUCGCUGCGUCCAUGUUCACGGAGAUAACAAGCAACACGGCCACGAGUUCCAUACUUCUGCCCCUCGUCUGCGACAUGGCUGUCGCACUGAGGCUGCACCCCAUCUACCUGGCCAUGCCUGUGGCAGUCGCCUGUUCGUUCGCCUUCAUCAUACCCGCCGGUACACCGCCGAAUGCCAUCGCCUACGACCUGGCCAAGCUCCGCAUUCCGGAUAUUGCAAAACCAGGAUUUUUCGUCAACUUAAUAUGCGUGCUGGUCGAAGUGGCCAUGAUACACGCCUUGGGCUUUCCCAUCUUUGGCCUUUCAACUUUUCCGGAAUGGGCAGAACCCUACAGGGACUCUGUAAAUGGAAGCAAACCCAUCGACGCCGCUUCGAGCUCAUUCGCAGAAAGCACGACGAUCACUACAAGCACAGACGGUGGGACUUCCUGGUGAACUUAGGCUGCAUGAUAGCCGACAAAAGAGACAGCUGCGCUACGUCUGUGGACUGCGAUGCAUUGCGUAAUGGACGGCAACACUUGCUAAUGACCAACAUGCGAAAAAGAAAAAGAAGAUUCGCACUGUUCCAUUUGUCUGCCAAAGAAGUGCGAUUGCCCCUGUACUCAUUUAGUCAACUCUACGAACUCGUAACCUUUUAUAGUGCUGCCACAGGGCCGCGCCAGCUUUUUUUAAACACCCCGCAUAAUAUAGCGCAUGCGCUUAACGACACCCUUUUUACGUGUAUAUGUUUUGCGUCACAGCUCGUUGACCACCGUUGGCUUGAAGUCGCAUCUAACCACCCGUGUAUCGUACCGCGUCCGUUACAACGUUUCUGGGAGUACAAAAUGGGGGUGUGUUAGUGCUCCUACACAUUCAAAGAAGACAACCGUCCUCCGGAACAUGAAGACUUGAAGUGGUCAAUGAUAGUAGAACAAGGGACGUCUUGUCUUCCAACGUUUCAAAAAGGGGCCUCGUCUUCGUCAGAUUUGCCUUCGCCCUGACGAAGACAACUCCGCUUGUCAAAACAUUGGCGUCAAAGACAUUCAUUGUUCGACCGCUGUUGACCCGCUACAGAUGUUGUAUUAAUUUGAAAACUCAAACUUGUUUUUUUUAACCAUUGCUUUUAUAAGUGACUACACUUAGCGGUUAUAAUAAAGGAAGGUCUACCCAAUGCAAGCCGCAUGGGCUCCUACCGGCGUGAGAGAAAGGUGAAGACGAAGUUCCACCGUUUUCAUCACGCGAGUUUUGUACUGUCCGUUGCUCUUCAUCUUUUGAGGCAACCGCAACGUUUACAUCUGCAUAAUGGAACCAGCUUCUGUACUCUCAGAUCAGGUAAGAAUCACACUGUUCGCAACUGCUAUAACGCCGUGGUGUCCUGUGAAAUUAUUUUUUAUAUUGAGCAAGGGAAGGCAUGAUACCGCCAGCGGUUCUGGUGAAGCAGUGCUACAGAAACGUCUGAAUCUGGUCGUCGGUUCAUGGCCGCUAGAAGAAAGUAUUAAUAAAUACAUUUCAGGCACA